AAGCCACUGCCACCAUGUUAUAUUAUGAUCGAUUGAGUUGAGAGAAGUACACUGAUGAACAGUCAACAACAACGUUUUAAUCCAAGAUGGCGGACUCACCCCCAAGUCCCGGAUGUACAAACACAUAACACAGGGCUCCCAAAUAUGCCUAAGCUAUAGCAUAAUACUACAGUUCUCGCGCGCCCUGGGCCCCCAAGGAUGCUGGGGACGUGACGAGGAUAUGGAAUCCUGUGCCUUAUUUCUUGGAAGUGGCGUGGCUUGAGCAUAGUCCAUUUGAGCAGCUGAAGUCUGAGAGUGUUUGUGAAACAUGAAUUUCUAGAAUCUCAAGACCACUGGAAUGGACUAAACCUGGCUAAACAAACGUAUUCGCGAUGGAUGAAGACUCAGAUGAAGAUUGUGAUCUCAUCCAGCCUAGCUUGAUUCAACAGAUCAAGAAAAUUCUGGACCAGUACCCAGAUGAUGGGCAAAUUCUCAAGGAACUUAUUCAGAAUGCAGAAGAUGCUGAAGCAAGAGAAGUGAAGGUCUUGUAUGAUGAACACUCCUAUGGGACUCACAGUCUCUUUAAACCAGAGCUGGCAAAAUUUCAGGGCCCUGCCUUGUAUGCAUACAAUAACGCCAUGUUUAAACGAGAUGACUGGAAUGGCCUCCGUAUGCUAUGCGAUAGCAUCAAAGUCAAGGACCCCAUGAAAGUCGGCCGCUUUGGGUUGGGCUUUAAGUCCGUCUUUCACAUGACAGAUCUGCCAAGUGUGAUAAGCAACGAUCGCCUUCGUAUGAUUGAUCCACAAGAGACGUUCGUCAGCACCCCAGAGAGAAGGCGAACUGGAAGAGGGUGGCACCUGAAGAAGGACGCUGCGUCAAUACGCAGAACUCCUGACCAGUUUGCUCCUUACAAGGGAAUUUUCAACUGUUCCCAGGAAGCUUUCGCUAAUGGAGAAUACGACGGAACACUGUUUCGCUUCCCUUUAAGGCAAGAAGCAUCAAAAGUGUCGGAGAACGUUUAUUCUUGCAAGAAGAUCCAGGGUCUGUACGAGUGUUUCAAGGCCGAGGCGCACCUGACACUCCUGUUCAUGAAGAGCCUGGAGAGCAUCGAGCUGUAUGAGCGAGGAGUUGACGACAAGGAGCCCAAGAAGUGUUUCCAGGUGAAGAUAUCAGACUCAUGCCUCGAGCAUGUGAGAGAAGGGAGGCUCAACUUCGCCGAUCGUGUGCGCCAGAUUAGGGCCUUAGGCGGGAACGAAAGCGCAGUGUCAGAAACCUAUGUCAUGACGGUAGAAGCAACUUCUUAUCCCUUAUCCGGCAUACCUUCAACACAACAACACACUUUCGUUGUGACGCAAUACUACAGCGGUAAUGAGGCAUCAUCUGAGCUGAGGGAACUUAUUAAUGAAGAGUCCCUUAGUUACAUGCCGUGGGUAGGGGUUGCUGCCCCCCUUGAUCUAGCAAGCAGCAGUUCAUGGCUGGCUGCCGUAGACGCCCAGCAGCCGAAAGGGCAUAUAUUCUGCUUCCUGCCGCUGCCUCUAGAGCAGAAGAGUCUGACAGGUUUACCAGUCCAUGUGAACGGAUUCUUCGCCCUGAGCCAGAACCGCCGCCACCUAAAGUGGCCAAGUGCCGACCAGCAACAGACGGACCAGCGCAUCACAGACAAGAGCCUACUGUGGAAUCGUUGUCUGCUUAAAGAAGUACUUCCUGCAGCCUAUGCCACGUUACUGCUAAAAAUGCCACGGAAGAAUGAUGCCAGGCUACUUACCGCUGCUUACUGCGCAUGGCCAGAUGAACAGAAAGUAGAUGUUAAGUGGAAGGUUAUACUAGAGCCAUUGUUUGAAAGGUUUCUUAUCCAUAAAGUCGCCUUCAGUGAAGUUAACGGUGGUAAGUGGUUGAGAUUCGAUAGCGUUAUAUUGGACAAGUUGGAUGCCACUUACGCUCCCGUUAUCACUGCCUUGCUGGAUGCUGGACAGAACAUCGCAAGACUUCCCCGUCGCGUUCACCAAGCACUAGACAGGUACUAUACCUAUUGCAAGGUCAAGGUGAUCACGCCCAAAUUCGUGCGGGACACUCUGCGCAGUUACCCCAAGUGCUACAAGGGAUUGAAACGCAAGGGCAGCAUUGUACUACUACGUUACAUACUUCAAGACUCCAACUUUGAAGAUCUAGCAGGUCUGGCCUUGCUUCCCCUUGCUAACAACACGUUUGAAGUGUUCCAAAGAAAUGGUUUUGGGUUCCAGAAGAAGGUUUACAUGCCGUCCGAUCAACAUCCUGGUUCUCUGCUGCGAGGAUUGAAGAGUAUACUCCUAGACACGUCGAUAGAAGCGUCUAUUGUUGCGAGGUUACAUGAGGUCACACGGUCAGGCAAAACUCAGCUGCGAUCUUUAGACGCUGAGGCUGUCGCCACACACCUUAAGGAUGCGCUGCCUUCUGAUUGGUUCAACAACACUUCCGUGCUGUGGUAUCCUGAACGCUUUGACCACCCUUCUGUUGAAUGGUUCAAACAGCUUUGGCGAUAUUUUGUGGAUCACUUCCCAUUUCAUCUUAAUCGUUUUGGUGGUCUCCCCCUCAUCCCUGUCACCCCUCUGACAUCAUCUCCAGUUAAGAUGGCUCCCAUGAACACAACGCCUGUAACGCUUGCCCUAUCCUACAAGGGUGAUUCAUUGCCUACAAAAGUCAAAGAAGUUUUGACUGAGUGUGGAAUAACAGUGGUUGAGAAACUUCCACAAUGCAUCGAAAGUCACCCGGGCGUCGUCCCUAAGUUUGUGAGACGCCCAGACUCCCAAGGUGUAGUAGAAGCACUAGUCCAGGUGUUGAGAAGCUUUCCGCAAGCAUUCCCCCGCAAUCUCAGCCGUGAGCAUAUAAGACACUUAAAGGCUUUUCUUUCCGGCGCUAAAGUUUCAGAGCCUCAAAAACAGGUGCUAAGAAAACUCCCUGUUUUCGAAACUGUUGGAGGUGUGAAAGGAAUGGCGAAGCAUGUAUCAAUAGAAAAUGUUCCAGUGGGCUUGGAAUCGAGUGAUUUGCCCCCUGUACCCCUGGAUAGGGAAGUCAUCAACCUCCAAGACCUAGAUAGCCGUAACCUAGGUCAGUUGCUUGGAGUCGUGGUACUUCAACCCAUGGACCUCGUCCAAGACCUGCUUUACAAGAUCUCAAGAAGCGAGAUGGAGGAGUCUCAAGUCGAUGCCCUCAUGGACUAUGUCCUCAGCCGUCUGCAACAAUACAACAAGAAGAAGAAUCUGAAAACCGUCCUGAUGAACAUAACAUUCGUGCCUGUCAAAGGCUGUCGACGUGCCAUGCCGAAAGACCUGUUUGACCCGAGCAAGAAGUCUCUCAAGCACAUUUUUUACGGUGAAAAGGGCAAGUUUCCUCUCAAGGGGACUUACACUGAACGUUACCUUUAUGAAAUGCGGGGGCUUGGUCUGAAGGGAGAGGGGCAAAUCACAGCCGACGAUAUCCUGCAGAGCGUCAAAGUGGUCUCCAGUAUCAGCAAGGCACCGCAAGCCAAUAAAAAAGCAAGUACUAUCCUCGAAUUCCUUUCCACUCGUGAGAACCUCCUGUGUCAUCUUUGCUCGCCGGGUGUCACUCUGAUGCAGCUCUUGAUGAACAUUUCCUGGGUACCUGUACUUAAGGACAAACCAGAAGCUUAUCCAAGCUGUCUCCCGCUAAAGGCUUCGGGUCUCCUUGAAAAGCCCAUGAAUGUAAAGACACAGAAGUUUGCCUUCCUUAUUGGAUCGACUAAACCACUCAUUGCAUUUUCAAGAUUAGAUGCAAAAUUGACAGAUGCAUUUGGCUGGAAUACAAAUCCCAAAGUUCAAGAAGUUCUGGAGCACUUGAAGAACGUCGUCGCAUGCUACGACGUCGGGGAGAAGGCAGCAAUUAUUUCUGUUGUGAAGAAAAUCUACGAUUUUCUUUCAGGAACCAGUAAUGUUGAGGUUGUUAAUGGGUUGAAGCUGCUUGGGAUGUCCAGCUGGGUGUGGAAUGGAGAAGGAUUCUGCGCACCUGAAGAUAUCGUGGCCGAGAAGCCAUCACUUGACUUGUCACCUUAUUUGUGCACCUUACCCUCAGAGACACAAUGGCACAGGCAGCUGUUCCUUGGCCAUGGAAUGAUAGUAAAAUGUGGCGACAAAGUUCUUCAGAAGGUGCUUGCCAAGAUCAGAGAUAAGCACGAGGCACAGACGCACCCCCAUGCCAACGACACAAGACGAGACCUGCAAAUGUCCAUUGACAUUUUGAAUGAGCUCAAGUUCAACGCAGGCUCGCAUCUGAAUGAAGAUUUCCGGGAACAGCUACUAAUCCCAUUAGAUAACGAUGAUAGUAAUAAGUUGCAGUUUGCGCCUGUGGAUGACUGUACCUACUGUGACGUGGAGUGGCUGAAGCAUGGCAACGAGGCAUCCGAUGUCGAUGACGAGUUAAACAUCAAGUUCAUUCAUCGAAAUAUCUCCCCUCAAACCGCGGAGGAUCUGCAAGUGCCAACCCUGAUGAGUCGAAUGCUGGAUGCGGAGGAGCUUGAAUUUGGGGAGAGCUUUGGCCAGUACGAGCCUCUCACUCGCCGGCUGCAGAGACUGCUUGAGGAGUACACCGACGGCUUCUCCGUCCCAAAGGAACUUAUUCAGAACGCCGAUGACGCAGGUGCAACCGAAGUGAGGUUCCUGUACGAUGAACGAGCGAACGAGGACGCUAUGACUUGUCUUAUUAGCGAAGGAAUGAAGGAAUGCCAGGGUCCUGCUCUCUGGGUUUACAACAAUGCAGUCUUUACUGAUGCAGAUUUUCAGAAUAUCACCAAGUUGAACGGCGCCACCAAAGAAGAGGAUUCUGGGAAGAUUGGAAGAUUCGGACUUGGUUUCAAUGCUGUUUAUAACAUAACCGACGUACCAAGUCUGUUGAGCAGAAACAACCUGGUCAUAUUUGAUCCACAUACAACUCAUCUCGGUAGAGCUAUACGCGAUAAGAGCCGACCAGGAAUCAAGAUAGACGUGACGAGGAGUCGACAGAAACGAAACAAGCUAGCUAACCAGCUGAAGCCGUACAAUGACAUCUUCGGGUGCAACCUUAGACCUGACUCCGAUCAUGUGUCUUUCAAUGGGACUUUGUUUCGAUUUCCGCUGCGUACCAAGGAGCAAGCUAGACGAAGUGAAAUCAAGAAUCUGCAGUAUGACCACGGGGAAGUUGUUAAGCUGCUGCAGAUGUUUGUCAGUGGAGCGGAGUCCUUGCUGCUUUUCACCCAGAAUGUCUGCAAGGUCAGUGUCUACCAUCUGCCUAAAUGUAGCUAUGAUGCUUCUGAGCCUGUCGAAUUGAUGACAGUUCUCAAAUCAGGAGUCAAGUUUAUCCGGGAGCUAGACGCCAACGUCUCGUUAUCAGAACCUGCAAAAGAAUUACCAACCAAAGACCAGAAGCUCAUCAAGCAGUGCAACAUUCUAAAAGCUGCCACUGAAGCAUUGAAGCACAGCGAAGAUCGGCAGGUCCAGUCCUCGGUGCUUUUAAGGACAAGUUGCACUGUUUCAGAAAGUGGUCGCCAGCUGUUUGAUAGUAACCCCUCUCACGUCACCCAUUGGCUUGUUACAUCUACUUUGGUAGGAGAUACUGCGUGGCAGCUAGCGAAACGAAACGGGAAGCUUCUACCAGUUGCAGGUGCAGCAGCAAAGCUGAAGCAGAUGCCUGAUGGCGGAUUUGUACCCGAACCAUUCACGCCGCGUUCUAUUCAGCCUGUGAGUGUUGGACACGUGUAUUGUUUCCUCCCGCUGCCCAUCCAGAGCGGACUUCCGGUUCACAUAAAUGGCAGCUUUGCGACUGACUCAAGCAGACGGCAUCUUCGAGAGAUGACCGAGGAUGACAAGCGAGAUUUCGGAUCUGAGUGGAACAACGUUCUCAUGAAAGAGGCGGUUUGCCACGCGUACUUGACACUUCUCGAAGACGUGAAGACUGUCCUUCCCCAAGAGGAGUCUGCCUAUCCGUUCCACUGCCUCUGGCCUUGUCCUGGGACUGCAGCCUCCUGCCUUAUCAUACAGCAUCAGUUCUACAAGUCACUAUGCUCUCCUAAUGACCCUCCAACAUUGUUCUCUGACAACGCCAGUUGGUGUGGCUUACCUGAAGUAGUCUUUCUUCACCCAGAGUUCCGCCACGAUUGUAAAAUUGGCGAAGAUGCAUUCCAAGUCUUCUCAAUCCUUCAAAAAGGCAAGGGUGUUGUGGUGGAUGUUCCCGGAGAUGUCUUUAACUCUUUUGUUGAAAGUGGAUGCAAAAGAGAAAUACUAGAAAGAUGCUUCGACAUGUACCGAGCCUACAAAGAGGUCUUUCUUCCUGCAAUCGAGUCGCCUCAUAUCUCUGACGAGCUAAAAGAUAAACUGAUCCUGUAUGCACUUACAAACAACGAGCACGGAAGCAAGAAGGUGAAACGGCUAAUAAGAUUCACCAAGUGCAUCCCGACAACUCCAGACGGCAAUACCAGAAAAUGUCCCUCGGAUCUUAUCCAUCCGGAGCGUGAGGCAUCAAAGCUAUUCGGCGAAGAAGAUGGAAGAUUUCCGACUAGGACAUACAGAGAGCAUUCAACUCUUCAAGCGUUGGUACAGCUGGGAAUGCGCAGAGAUGAUCUCAGAUGGGACGAGAUUAUUGACCGAGCACAAAGUGUGCACGCCCUGAACGAGAGGUGUACCCCGAAGGCUUAUCCUGAAGCACUCUCCCGUGCCAAGGCUGUUCUUAAGUUUAUUGGCGACAAAUUGGCAAACAACAACAAUCUUCCCAGCGAAAGCGAGAUUAAGGAAUUACAGCAAGUUCAGUUUCUACCAUACCUUCCAAAACCAGAAAACACGCCAUUCAAGUGGAAAGCUGAUGAAAUCCGUCCACACACAUUCCUGGCAGCUAGUUCUCUUUACUCAGGGCAAGAUGAAAAACUGAUAUCUACGACUGCACCAAUACUCGAUGACACAAACGAGGGUUGUGGUCGCUUCACAAGUGCAUUGGUCGAGCUAUUAGGUAUCAGAAAGAGUGUGACAAUGGAUCAGGUGAAAAGCCAGUUGCAAACGGUCAUGAAGGUGAAGUUGAGCUGUCUGGACAAUGACAGACUCGAUGAUGUGCGCAAGGUAUGUGCUGCCAUCUACGCGUACCUAGAGAGGAGCCUCGAGGGUGGCGAAACAGAUUUGAAGCAGUAUCUGCAGUCUAUGGAGUUCAUUCUCCAGGAGCAACGUUUUUUGAAGAUAGACCAGGUGGCCUUUAGAUGCCCUUCAGGGCUGGCACCGUACCUUCAUAACCUUCAGAAGGAGUACGUCAACAGGUUCUACUCGCUUUUCAAGGGGCUGGGGAUACGGGAUGAAUUUGGGGUUGAUGACUACAUUCGCACUCUGAGCCUGAUGAAUACGAAGUUUGCCAAUGCUGCGCUAGACCCAGAUUCCCUUCGAGCAGCAGUUGAGAUUGCCCAGCUACUAGGCAAACUUGAUGGAAUUGAUAAACGCCAACCGAUUUACCUCCCUGAUUCCAAGUCCGUACUUAGAGUCGCCAAAGAGCUAUCAGUCAAGGAUUGUCCUUGGAUGCCGGACGAGCCUGGGAUAAACUAUGCCAACGAGAAAAUUCCUGUUUCGACCUGUUUUGAGCUCGGAGUCAAUACACGGAGAGAAGAUUUUCUUCGAAGACGCUCUCACGGGAUUCCUUUUGGACAGAAAGAGAAGCUGACCACUCGGCUAAAGAGGAUCUUAGAAGGUUAUCCUUGUGAUGGUGCGAUUCUGAAAGAGCUGCUUCAAAACGCAGACGACGCUAAAGCUUCAAAAAUCUGCUUUAUCAAGGACCUUCGUCGCCAUCCAAGCGAGAGAAUUUUUGAACAUUCAUGGGAACCCCUUCAGGGUCCAGCACUUUGCGUUUAUAACGACAGCCCUUUCACAACACAAGACAUCGAAGGUAUCCAACGUCUCGGAGAAGGUAGCAAGGGCGAUGAUCCAAACAAGACCGGCCAGUAUGGGGUAGGCUUCAACGCUGUCUACCACAUGACAGACUGUCCGUCAUUUGUCUCCAAGGGGCAAGAAGCAGGCGAGAUCAUGUGUGUGUUCGAUCCGAACUUGACGUUCGUGCCUGGGGCCACUGAUGAAGCCCCUGGAAUGCAGUACAAGGAGCUGGAUCAUCUUAGGGAUGUCUUCAGUGAUAUUUUCCCUUGUUAUCUAGGCGAGCACUUUCCCGUAGAGAAUGCCACAAUGUUCCGAUUCCCUUUGCGUGAUGUUCACAUGGCUUCCAAUUCUAAGAUAAGCAACAAGCCAUUUGAUAUCGAUCAACUCAACAAACUGGUGCAGACGUUCAAGGCAGAAAUGUUCCACUCCUUGCUAUUCGUCAACAACGUUAGGGAAAUCUCUCUUUGCGAAAUAAGUGAAGUUUCUGGACAGCCAUUCGACGAGUACAAAGUCACGGCGACCUUGUCACCUGAAGACGAAAAAAGUCUAGAAGAAUUUGCGGGCUACGUUAAAGAAACUUCGAGAAUUCUCCGCAAGGGAAGUGUUUCUUUGGAGGACGUUGAAAAGAGAGAAGUCUCCUACGUAGUAAGCCUUGAAGAUAACCAAGGCAAGAAAGAGAGAUGGCUCGUUGUUCAGCGAUGUGGAUUUGAACGUGAUGCCGAGGUGCCGUCUUGUGUUAACUCUGCUGUGAAGAAACUGGAACUCGGUCUGUUACCACGAGGAGGGGUUGCUACCUUGCUGGACUCCCCUUCGGCUGCUGACAAGAAAGCAUUCUGCUUCCUUCCAUUACCUUUCACAACUGGCCUUCCUGUCCACGUUAAUGGCCAUUUUGCCCUUGAACACGAGGCAAGACGCAACCUAUGGCGCUCCGAAAGUGAAAGAGAUCACCGGGGCGCGUGGAAUACAAUGCUUCUCAAGUCCGUGGUGGCGCCGUGUUAUGUGACCCUCUUAAGUGAGAUGAGGCAACACCUAAGAAUCCAAGACACUGACGCUGUUAUUGGAAGGAAUGAAGCGCUCCAGCAAACGGAACAGUACUUGCAAUUGUUCCCGAAUCUACACAAUAGGAAACAAUAUUGGGACGAACUAGCGAAGGAAGUGUACCGCUACAUUGGAAACAAGGAAGUCCCCCUCCUGCCUGUCCAUCGCCCAGUGGAAGAUGAGUCUGCGAGUGAAAAGAAAGAAAAGGAUGAACAAGCUUCACGUGUGAAGAUCGAGUGGUUUGCCCCAAAAGAAGAGGGUGGUCGUAAGCUGUUUUUCAAUGAUUUAAGUACCGUGACAGCCGAACAGUUCAAGAAAGAUGAUGCCUCCACAAAGAAACCUGCAAAUAGUGUUAGCUUUACCAGUCAUCGUACCUCGUUGUAUUCCGAUCGGAAAGCUGUUCUUUUAACCGACACGCUUCUGCGCAGCGGCCUGAACCUAGCCGAGGCUCCACUUAACCUUUUCAACAACUUCAAAAAAUCAGAUGUAGAUGUAGCAUGCGUUAAUCCAGAAGACGUCCUCUCCUUUUACCACACAGGCAGCAACAUCGAGUGCCUUCCCCAAUGUCUAGAAGACACUGGGAUAAAGAACGUGGAAAACCUGUUACUUGUGUUGGGGUACUGCAAACAUUCCGAUAAGUUUCUUAAAAGUCUUCACGGGCUGCCCUUGUUGCUAACACAAGAUGGAAUUCUGAGAAUGUUUGACGAGAAAAACCCGGUCUUUCUAACGACACACCACACCCUUACCCCAAGAAAUGCUUCACUCUUUGUGCACCGUAACCUCUUCAACAGUGUCUUUUAUGAGGCCCUGUCUAAAUCAAAUGUCUUCAAGCGGUUCGAUGUUGCCGCUUUUGCAAAGCUACUACCAAACAACCUCGAACGGAAGUACAAUGUUAGCGAUGAUUUUAUCGAAUGGGAUCCUAUUUCAGACAAAAGGAAUGACCUGCCCUCGAGGGGAUGGCUGUUCGGCGUCUGGAAGCUCAUAACAAGUGAGAUAAAAGAUGCGAUACAGAACCAUAAUGAGGUAACAUUGGAGUACAAAUCGAGAAUAGCUCAAAAUGUAGUAGCUCCUCUUCAAAAUUGGUGUCUAUUACCUGUCGAACAGACCGAGUGCUCGUCGCUGGCUUCAAGUGGAACACGUCAUCGGCAACUGUUGGCACCUUUUUCUAUGUCAAAACUUGUUGUGUCGCUUCCAUCUCAAGUUGUGCAUUUCCGUUCCGAUUCUAUUUGUGGCGUACUACGAAAGCUGGCACUUCCAGAGAUCAACACGCGGGUUAUAGUAUCACCCUGCAACACAAGCAUCAUAUCUGAAAGCAAUGCUGACUCCUUGGCUCGCCUGCUUGUCGCCAAUGUUGACAAUCCAAGACUGAUCCUCUCAGCGCUUUCCCACAAGCUAAAUAAAGUCGAACUCCCUUCUACCAUCACCUCGAAGGAUUGCAAAGAGGUGCUCACAUACUUCAACGGCAACGUGACAUCACUUUGUCCUGACGACUCUUAUUGUUUGGAGACACUACCAUUUCACGAAACAGUGAAUGGCGAACACACCAGUAUCGCUGAAAAGAAAGUAUAUGUUCUACCAUCUGAAAUACCCAAGGCUGGAUUAAACAUCUGGGAAAGAAGUGGGCUAGUGUUUUUGAAAGAGGACCAAAGGCUUGAGGCUUUGUAUCAAUUCCUGGAUUGCCUGUGCAAGAAUUCCGUGGAUAUAUAUUGUGAAGUUAUUUUGCCUCGUUUCCAAGAUAUGACACAGCAAGCUCACAUUGACCAUUUGCAAUUUCUGGACGGAAAACUUGGUACACUUCAGGUGCAGCAGGACGGCACGCCAGACAAAAAUAGACUCAUUUCUUCAUUGAGCAGCCUUAAGUUUCUCCCUGGCGUUGUACAUGGCCAGCUGAAGCCCGCCUCUUCCUUCUACGAUCCACGCAUCCAUGUUUUCAAAAUUAUGCUUGAAAGCAAGGCAGGGUCAUUUCCUCCAACGCCGUUUAACUCUGACUAUUGGCUAUCAUUCUUGUGUAAGAUCGGGCUUAUCCACAUCGUUAGCAACCAGAAGUUCGUAGAAUUUGCUGAAGAAGUGGCAAAUGAAGCCAAAUGUUCUAGAACCGAUGCCACCUUCAAGAAGUCGCUGACUCUUAUCAAACAUCUUUUCAACCGAGAAGACAUAACAACUAGCCCCUUGUUAGCAGAUAUCAAGAACACAAAGUUCGUCCCUCCCCACAAGGUCAGCGAGGCUCUGUCUCGGCUCUGCCCUACAUUUGGAAGCAACGUGAAUGGUGAGCUCUCGUACAUCCCCUUCAAUGGGUCAGUCCUACCCAACCACGAGACAAUCUCAUGGACGAGUGCGAAUAUUCUACACCGGCAAGCAUGUCCGCCUUGGCCCUUAAGGGGCAUUGAACAAAUGCUUGGAAUCUACGAAAAGCCACCUGUGGAAGUAGUCGUUGCACACUGUUUGACGAUUUCCAAACGUUUUGCCAAGACGCUCAACGAGGACACGAAGAAUCUGACGGAACCUUGCAAGAUAAAGGAUGUUAUGGAAGAUCUUUAUGAUUUUCUAUCGACUUGCGCUGACGAUGUUUCAGUAGAUCGCCUAAAAAACGCACAGUGCAUUCUCGUCGCGAACGGAAAACGCGUCGUUCUUCCACGCCAGAUUGUUGUCAAAUCCUCCAUAGAGAUCCCUCCGUAUCUGUACAAGAUCCCGCUCGAGCUCGGGAAGUUCCACGAACUGUUCAAGCGGCUCGGUGCCACUGGCACUGUAACAGUACAGCAGUAUGUAUCAGUCCUUGACAUGAUCCAUAAAGAGUGUGGCAACAAAUGCAUGGAUCCUAAUGAGAUGAAAAGCUCUCUAAUGGCAACCAAAGGAAUAUUUGAUCUGCUUUCACAGAGCAAACAAACCCCUGAUGAAAUGGAGCAUCUGUUCUUACCAGGUGCGAGAAAAAGUGAAAAAGACCGGGUGUAUUUAGUCCCCUCCCACCAGCUUAUUUGUGAUGAUGCGCCGCACUUUCGCGAUAGAAUCGACGGAUUUGAAGAGGUUUUGUUGAUUAGGCUAAAAGACUGCUGGCUGGAAAACGCCAGUGAUGACACGCUUGUCUGUAAGCUACCAGAGAAGGUCCGUCCUCAAAUGAUGACUCAGGUAGUGGAAGAGAGGCUACUUAAUAAUGAUAAUAAAGCAUGUGAUGACGACGACCAAUCAAAUGUGGCAGCAAGACAACUCAGACAGGUUAUCAAUUCGGAUGAAUUCUGCCUAGGAUUCGCCCGCCUCGUCAAGCACGAAGACUACGAGAACCAAAACGAAACAAGGCCAGAUAUUCUGAGCGACAUCAAGAGUAAGCUUGCUAGUCUUCGAGUUGUCAGUGGUCCAGAACUGCGCACACAGCUUUUCUACAAAGAGCAUGCAAUUCCUGGUAGUGAUUCCAAAGUUGACUGCUUCGAUGAACACAGCAAUACCGAUAACAUCGUGACACUCUACGUCAACACAGACAUUCAAUCAAUUCAGCCAAAGAUUGCUGAGGUCGUCAAUAGAAUUGCUGGUAAGGUUCUUACAAAUCUGGUGUACCUAGCACCACUUCUUAGCAUGCCUCCUUGGGAAAUUAGCUUGUACCUGGACAAGAAUAAGAUCCGUGAGGACAACAGUGUGGAGACGUCGUAUCUGCCCGAGCCUGGUUCCUAUGUUCACCUGGAUCAUCAUUUUCUCCUGGAUAACUCCUUUGAUCACUUCCACGCAGGCGAGUAUGUGGGCUACGAGAUGGACGACCCAAGCCUGCGGAAUGAGGAUGGUCCUCCUACUUACAUCUACGCGAUCGUGGUGGAGGAAAUCCCAGGAGAGGAGAGCACUGCGCUCCUUCUAACUCGGAAGUACAAGAUCAACAUCGGUGACGACCGGGAGGUAAUCGCAGAUGGAAUUGAUCUGUAUAAGUUCAGACGACCACCAGACGCACAACGUGAUGGCACUGGCAUGGAACUUGUCAAACGUGCUAGUGAGAGUGAAGUACCUCCUCCCAAGCACACUGGGGUUCUUAAGGAUGCCCUUGGCGAAGUGACAAGAGUUCUCGAAGAGGCAUGGAAACUGCCCUUGGAAACACGCAGGAAGAUCAUCAAACGACUCUUCUUCAAGUGGCACCCAGACAAGAACCCGGACGAUGUUGAGUUCUGCACUAAGGUGUUUCAGCACCUUCAGAAUGAGAUUCAAAGGCUGGAGAUCGGAAAAGCCAGUGUCUUUCACUCCUCUGGCUUCUCUGAUUUCCAUGGCUUUUCUCAGAGGUGGGGUAGACGAGCCCGCAGUUACGGACAAAGCUGGAGUAGCUAUGGAACUAGUCGCGGGUAUAGCGGGGGAUGGUCUAGUUACCGUUCCUCUUAUGUGCCGAGGAGCUCUGGGCGCAGGAACCCUCAGCCCACAGAAUCGCGACGAUGGUUUCGCCAAGCUGAGGCGGAUCUCGCGGCGGUUGCGAAUGAUCUGAACAUGUACUACGAAUGGGGAUGCUUCAAGUCUCAUCAGGCUGCUGAAAAGGCACUAAAGGCUGCCCAGUUCUCAUUGGACGCGACCAACGUUCGCAUACACGACCUACACAGGAUCGCCAGCUGUUUAGACGAUUCCACACUCAGCAGCCUCGCCGUGCAGCUUGAAGGCCUGGUUGGUAACUCUAUGCGCAUGCGCUACCCAGACUGCAUGUCUUCUCCCAGAAUCCCUCACGAUUUUUACACGAGACAUCAAAGUCGAGAGGCGUAUCGUCUGGCCAAGGCGAUCUUGAAUCGAGUCAAGGAGAGAUUUGUCGAUCAGGGCCAAAUGGAAUUACGAAAAGGUCGAAAAAGAGAAGCGGCAAAGGCAACAAAGGAAAAAAGAGUAAAAAAAAGGAAAAUGAAAGAUUAAGAAAGAAAGAGUAGAAAAGUUCUAAUUUUGCUCGACUGUAAGUAGUAAUGGCAACGCUUACGACAGUUUAUCAGUGAAAUAGCCAAUAAUCGUUUUCAUCAUAAAGCGGAUUUCAGAUGAGUGUAGAAAGUAAGUCUUGCGACUUGAAUUUUGUCAAACUUUCUAUAGGUAGAGGGCAAAGUCUUUUGUGAAAUUGAAAACUAAAUCAAAACGCGCCAAUACCCACGUCAUGACUACAAAGGCCUGACUCCAUUUCCUGAUUGGUUUGUUGUUGAAUGGCUUCGACCUCUGAUUGGCAAGUGGUUUUGCAUCUGCGUUUAGUUUUCGACACUCAUCUGAAAUCCGCUCUAUCCAUCUUUAAACUUUUAGAAGUUCCGUUUCCAUCAAAAUUGUUACAUUCGCAUUCACGUUCUUUUUAUACUUUAGAACGAAGUAGUUUCACGAAGUAGUUUCACUCAGAAGAAAACAUCAGAAAUAAACUUGAAUCUGUAUUCGUUUGUCAAACGCAUUUUAAAGCCACGCCCCGUGUUGAGGACCAUUGUGGGGGUACCCACAGAACAGCGUGGAAACGGAACAAAAAGAAAACGGUAGAAACCAACUUAAUUGAUUUCAAAAUGCAACAUUGAUCAAGGAAAAUUUUCAAAUAUAUCCGUCAAGAACGGAUGUGUUAGUGAAUAUGUCAGGGGGAACAUUUAGUGAAUACAUUUCCCUUGUAAUGAACUUUGAUUAUACUAUAUUACCUGGAUUUAUAUUUGAAAAUUACAAUAAUAAUUGGUGACAGUGAGUGAGUUUUUUUUUGUUAUUUACCAGAUGUAACUAUUACUCUUGUUUUCGUGCAAAUAAAUAUAUUAUUUUGUA